CUGGCACGUAGUGAGGAGCCAGACCUGUGUGUGGCUCUUACCUGGCACGUAGUGAGGAGCCAGACGUAAGACGGUGUGAGAAGAAAAUUUGCCAGUUUUAUACACGAGAACUGCGCAGCACUUACCGUACGAUAACUCGAGAACGCGUCUUCUCAUCGGAUUCAAACCUUCACCGCUAAUACAUCAUAUUUAGAGGGACGUUUGGAUUAAUUAAAAACUGGAAUAAAUGUGAACAAUGUGUGUCAAGGUGACGUCAGCGCCAGUCUUUGAAAGAUAAGAAAAAAUUUCUUAAUUUAUUAAGAAGAGCGGAUCUGCAUAUUUACCAGUAAAGAAGACUGAACACACGAGGACAACGAAGUGUGUAGUGAGAACCGGACGUCAGUUUGUGACCUCUGAAAGAACCUUCAUACAAGAUUCAUACUUGCUGACAGGGUGAGACCACACAACCUGAAGACCACCGUAGACAGGGCUAGACAACCUCUCGACAGGGAAGCAACGUAGACAGGGACUCAGGGAGGGCACCAGAGGACAGUCUAACAUGGGGCUCAGUUUGCCGAAGUCAUGUUACACCCUGUCUAGCACAACACAGCAUCUUCAUGGCCACCACAACCUUCACUGUUAGAACAACAGUGCGUGAGGCACAUCAUGUGACCCUCGUAGUUUGAGCAACACCAUGAGGAAGUUUACUGAUGAAGCAGGUUGGCUGCGAGUGUGUGUGUGCUGUGCAGCCUUGCUGCUGCAUCAUGGCUUGAGGGAUGCACUCAUCACUGCCUUACCUGCAGUUGCUGCAGCGUCUCCCUCACCGGACGUUACCACCACCACCACCACCACCACCACCACCACCACCACCUAUUCCUCCAUCACAUCUCCCACUAAUUUGCCCUCCCAGUCCUUUGUAUAUGAAGCAGCUUCAACCAGUGUUUACUCUCCAGUCUCGACGAACUCAGAAUUAAAUAGCAAUUUAGAGCUGCCAGACAAAGUGUCACUGUAUAUAAAACCAAACCUUAAUUCAUUUCCCAAAGAGUCUGGAGACUCCUCACAGGAAAUAUUAAAUAUUCCCCGACGAGAUAAACGCACCACUUCAGUGCUCCAGGAAGAUGGUGAGAGUGGCUGGAGGAUGGACGAUAAAGUUAAUGUAAUGUUUGUACCACUCUUAGUGGCAGGUGGUGUCCCCCAGCACCCAGGCCAGGACAGCCUGCAACACUCCGGCCAGGACAGCCUGCAACACUCCGGCCAGGACAGCCUGCAACACUCCAGCCAGGACAGCCUGCAACACUCCGGCCAGGACAGCCUGCAACACCCAGGCCAGGACAGCCUGGAACACCCCGGCCAGGACAGCCUGGAACACCCCGGCCAGGGUAGCCUGCCGCUGCACAACUCCAGCGCCACACUUGCAGAGUUCUACUCAAAAGCUGCACACGGUGAACUUUGGCUGAAGUAUUCCAUCCCUGACGACGUUUCAGAAGACAGUGUGAAUAUUCUCAUCCUCUUACUGGCUGGAAGCACUUCAGACAACCUCACAGUCCUGAAGGAGGAGUGGUCGCUGGUGGUAGAGGGAACUGUGUUGAGUAGCGUGUACUGGACCGGCCUCAUCACUGCUCUCAUACCUCACAAACUGCUGCACAAAAUUGAUGCUGUUGUAGUGCUGGCUGCCUCUGUGGGUGUGGCUGGAGUGGUGGGUCUACUGACCCACGCUGCCUCCCUGGGUGGACCGUGGUUGCUACUAGCCUCAAGACUCGUCCUGGGAGUUGGUCAGGGAGUGAUGUACCCGACGGUAGCCAGGGUGUUGGAAGAGCUGCCACGCAAGACCAGACCUUGGGCUGCUCUCGUCGUGUUUACAGGGCCGUACCUGGGAACUGCACUGGGUGGCGGACUGGGGUCACUGCCACAAUGGUAUAUUUGCAGCUACCUGGUGGGCAGUCUGGCUCUUCCUCUCGCCCUCCUCUGCCUCACGCUGCCUCGCCUUCACCACCGUGCACCUCGCGAGAGUGUGUGUUGGGGUCAGGUGUUGCGGAGCCAGGCACUGUGGUCAUUGGCUGGGGUACACCUGGCCUACACCUGGAUGCUGCACACCCUUCUCGUGGGAGUACCCUUCUGUCUCACCUACAUCAUAGGCAGUCCCACACAGCGAGGCUUGUGGAUGCUGGUGGCUCCCGUGAUGGCUGUCAUGCUGAGUAUUGUCUUGUGUCGAGGCUUCCACCUCUUGCUGGGAGAAGGUCGCACCUCAGCUCUUAAUCGUCGUCGCUUUCCCGUGGUCACUGGGUUCGUGAUAGUGUUGGUGUGCGUAGUGGUGCUGGCCACGGUGGGUCUGGACACUACCCUGGCCCUCGUGUGCAGUGCCACCAGUGCCGGCCUGGGUCUGGGCACCACCAGAGUGGGCUACACACUCAACAUGGAUGAUGUGGCACCAGGAGACGCCAGCAACAUCAACCAAGUCUUCGAUGUGGUUGGCAUAGCAACAGCUGCUGUCAGCCCUCUGGUGCUGACAGCCCUAGCUCAGAGUGGCGCUAGAGGCUGGGUGGGAGUGUGGUUAGUGCCACUGGUGGCACUGGUGCCAGCUGCUGUCCUCUACCUCUUCCUCCUCACCACCAAUCCACUACCCUGGCACAAACCAGUUUGUGUGGUUGAUGGUACUAACGGAGCAGCGGUGGUGGAUGGUGUGUAUCCUUCACAACAUCACUUGAGACAAUCAGUGCGCAGUAAACAGAGCUUCAAGAGUGCUCUGUCUACCCACACCUUCAAGACAGCGAGGUCCCGGGCUCGCACUGUGUCCUGCCAGACCAUUAAUGAUGACCUGGAGGCUGACAUGCACAGUGUGGAGGGGUCGAAUGUGGAGUGUCAUAGCGUGGAGGAGGCUGACCCGCAGUGCUACAGUGUUGCUUCGAGCAGCACCUUCAAGAGUGAUGAAGACAUGCAGAGUGCGAUAGAUGGUGUUGCAUCUGUCACGGAACAGCAAGGUCAACAGUUCGGAUAUAUGCUGUCGAAUGGUGUCACUACUGACAAGACAGCAGCAUGGCUUAGUUCCCACCAUGACCUGGCUACCAUGAGUGACAGCCAGCGUAUACAACCACCGGCCACCAAGAAGGAAAUUCACGCUAACAACUCCGUUUACGGCCUCUUCUGGUGAGAGUGAUGAACUUGGCCGGUAAAAGAAACAAGUGUUCAGGCGAAGGUGUGUUCAUUAUAGACACAAACGCAGCAUAUUCAAUGUUCAGUGUGGAGGUGAACACACUGUAAGAAAUAAUUAUUAAAAAAAAGUUUAUAUUACAACCCUUGGGAAAGUGACUUAAUUGUGAGGGCUGAAAGACACUUCCUGUCUGGAAAACAAUAACUGUGAUUUGUGUUCAGCCAAAACUGUCACACUUGAAGCACUGGAGAACUUACCAUUUUGACAUCCAUGUGAAGGACCUUCACUCGGCUCGUCUGCCUUGUACACAGUUGGAAGGUCUGGCGUAACAUUUGUAGCAAGUUGAUACUGAAGAAGAGCUUAGUUGAUGACAGUGACUGUCCACCCAGAACCAGCAGUGAAAUAACUAACUCAUGUUUUAAGAAUAACAAAUUCAAUUUUAUUUAGACAGAAUUUUAUCCUUGCUGACAAGUCAGUGAAGAAUAAAUGUUUUUAAUGUUGAGAGGAUUACUCCGAACAAAUUAUAUAUAUAUAUAUAU